GCGUAAAUCCCAGUCAGUCAGUCACUCGGCAAAAUGUUCCCGUGCUGGAGUCUCCUUCUGAUCCUACAGCCGACUCUCGCCGGCGUUGUCGAUCCGACGUCGCUCCUCGAGGACUUCGAGGUCCGGAUAUCCAGCCUCGAGCGUCGGCUCCGAGCUGUCGAGCAGCCAGUUUGGCAUAUCAGCGGAGUCGAGGGCGGCUGGGACGUCUGCGCAGAGGGUCCUUGCAAGUGUCGCGUCGAGACGAGGUCGUUGUCCUGCUGGAGCAUGGGGCUCUCGGAUCUGCCGCCCACGCAGCUCGUGCCUAAGAACAUCUUGAAACUAGAUCUGAGCAGUAAUCAAUUGAUGGCCGUGAGCAAGGACACCUUUAACGGGCUGGAUCAACUGAGUUACUUGGACAUGAACGACAACGCGAUCGAGCACCUGCCCAUAAGUUUGUUCUUUCCACUGCGUAACGUCACCCACCUACGACUGAGCCAGAACAUUCUGCGAGAGCUCGACAGGAAUCAAUUUAUUCGGAUGCGGAAUUUGGAAAUUUUGGAUCUCUCCUCCAACAAACUCCGCGCUCUUCACGGAGCCAUGUUUUCCGGUAAUUCGCUUCUGGUCCUCCUGGAUUUAUCGACGAACCGUCUAACAACCUUACCCUCCGCUGGCUUUCGGGGUCUCGCGAGUCUCGAGGAGCUUCUGCUGUCGCGGAACCAGCUGAGCGUCCUUCCGACCGACAGUUUCGUGGGACUAACUAGCCUCAGACGGCUGAGCCUCGAGGAGAAUCGCUUGGAGGAACUGAAGCCAGGACUGUUUCUCGGCCUUGGCAAGCUCACCGAGUUGAAUCUGCGAAACAACCGACUGCAAGUCGUUCCGAGCAACGUACUCUCGCCUAUGGAGAAGCUCCAACUUCUCGAGCUCACCAGCAACGGGAUAGCGCACAUAAGCUCGACGGCGUUUCGGGGACUGUCGCGUCUGCGAGAACUCGAGCUUGGGCAUAAUCGUCUGCGGAAGUUCGCCCGAGGCGUGUUCCAGCCAUGCUCUGGUCUCGAGCGACUCGUCCUCCACGGCAACGUCUUCCAGACACUCGAGGCCGGCGAGUUCUCGGGCCUCGUCAAUCUCACAAGCCUCUUCCUACACUCCAACCAUCUGAGGCUCCUUCAUCCAGCCUGUUUUAGGGACGUGCCGAAGCUGCGCAAGCUUCAGCUGGAGGACAACCAUCUGAGUCACCUGCCCAAAGGCGUGUUCGACCGUUUCAGCGAGCUUUCGCAGCUUCGCUUAUCUGGGAACCCUUGGCACUGCGACUGCGCCUCUUCGUAUCUCGCGGGCUGGCUGCGCAAGAAGUACCAGCAGCAGCAGCUUCGCGACAACAACACCGGCGCCUGGGAUUUCGGCGCCGGGGCCGUCUGUCGGGGACCGGGAAAUUUGGGUGGAAAGCUUCUGGUGAAGCUGAGCUACCGCGAGCUUUGCGACAACGAGUGGGCCUCGAUGAAGGGACUGGCGCCGAGACUACCUCUUGAGCUCGUAGAGGACUACAUGGACGAGGUCUGAAGAUGCGCGAUUAUCGUGUGCGAAAGAGAAAAGAUUGCACGAGACAGUUCAUCCGUUUGUUUACGUCUUGCAUUCGGUAGACGAGUGCAAUUUCUAUUUUUGAAUCGCCGCCGAUAAAAACGCGAUCUUAUCGGUGCAGCGGUUCGUUGGGCUUGAAAAAGCUAUCGUAAUGAAUUUUCAUCAAUGAAUUAUUGUACUUAUUAUCAUUUUCGUAAUAAAACAAGUAUACACUGUA